UCCUUGCUUUGGGGUCUCUCCUGCAAGGGCUGCCUCGCUGUCCCCUCCUGGGAUCUGGAUUUGCUACAGCUUCUCAUUUAUAAGGGCAGAACUUGGCAGAAGACUAAAGGGUUCCUUCCGAUCUCUCAAAGGCUUCCUGAGAGCACAAAUGGAUGAGCAAGAUUCAGCUGGCCCUGAAGCAGGAAGAGGCCAUGCCAGCCAAACUGGGAGCAGUGGGGGAUUCUGGGAAAACCCAGUGCAGAAGAUCCUGGGUGAGGAGGACACCCUCUGCUCAGAGGUGCAGAGCCAGCAGUUGAGGCAGUUCUGCUGCCAGGAGGCCAAAGGACCCCGAGAGGCUUGCAGCCGACUCUACCACCUUGACCAUCAGUGGCUGAAGCCAGAAAGGCACACGAAAGCUGAGAUGCUGGACCUGGUGAUCUUGGAGCAGUUCCUGGCUGUCCUUCCCCUGGAGAUGGAGAGCUGGGUGAGGGAAUGUGGAGCGGAGACCAGUUCCCAGGCGGUGGCCCUGGCCGAAGGUUUCCUCCUGAGUCAGGCAGAGGAGAGAAAGCAGGGAAAGGAUCUCUUUGCAGAAAUGGACCUGGAUUCCUGUGAGGCAGAGAGGCCUCCGUUGGACAUCAGAGAGAGGCCACUGGGUGACAGAAUGAUGCCGGCAAGACCUCCUGAUCCGUCUUUUCAUGGGGACAGAAGGGAAGCAGUGGCUGUGGAACCAGAUCAGGGUCCAGCGUGCUUUGAAGAUGUUGCUGUUCGUUUCACGGACGAGGAGUGGGCAUUGCUGGAUCCUGACCAGAGAGCUCUGCAUAAGGACGUCAUGGAGGAGAAUUGUGGGAUAUUGGCCUCUCUUGAUUGUGAUGAAUCGGAAAUCGAGAACAAAGGUGACCACGAUAAAAUCCCCAGAGAGGAGAAGCCACGUAAAAAUUUGGAGUGUGGAGAAAGCUGCAGUCAGAGCUCCCAUUCCACUUCCCAUCAACAAAAUCUCAUUGGAAAGAAACUCUAUCAGUGCAUGGAAUGUGGAAAGAGCUUCAGUCACAGCUCCAAUCUAAUUUCCCAUCAAAGAAUUCAUACAGGGGAGAAACCCUAUCAGUGUGUGGAAUGUGGAAAGAGCUUCAGUCACAGACACAGUCUCACCUCCCAUCAAAGAAUUCAUACAGGGGAGAAACCCUAUCAGUGUGUAGAAUGUGGAAAGAGCUUCAGUCACAGCCACUGUCUCACCUCCCAUCAGAGAAUUCAUACAGGGGAGAAACCCUAUCAGUGUGUGGAAUGUGGAAAGAGCUUCAGGAAGAACUCCCAUCUCACUUCCCAUCAAAUAAUUCAUACAGGAGAGAAACCCUAUCAGUGUGUGGAAUGUGGAAAGAGCUUCAGGAAGAAGGACAAACUCACUUCCCAUCAAAUAAUUCAUACAGGAGAAAAACCUUAUCAGUGUGUGGAAUGUGGAAAGAGCUUCAGGAAGAAGGACAAACUCACUUCCCAUCAAAGAAUUCAUACAGGAGAAAAACCCUAUCAGUGUGUGGAAUGUGGAAAGAGGUUCAGGACACGCUACGAACUCACUUCCCAUCAAAGAAUUCAUACAGGGGAGAAACCCUAUCAGUGUGUCGAAUGUGGAAAGAGCUUCAGUCAGAGCUCCUCUCUCACUUUCCAUCAAAGAAUUCAUACAGGGGAGAAACCCUAUCAGUGUGUUGAAUGUGGAAAGAGCUUCACUGAUAGCUCCUCUCUCACUUCCCAUCAAAGAAUCCAUACAGGGGAGAAACCCUAUCAGUGUGUCGAAUGUGGAAAGAGCUUCAGUCAUAGCUCCUCUCUCACUUCCCAUCAAAGAAUCCAUACAGGGGAGAAACCCUAUCAGUGUGUCGAAUGUGGAAAGAGCUUCACUGAUAGCUCCUCUCUCACUUCCCAUCAAAGAAUUCAUACAGGGGAGAAACCAUAUCAGUGUGUGGAAUGUGGAAAGAGCUUCAUUGUUAGAUCCGCUUUCACUUCCCAUCAAAGAAUUCAUACAGGAGAAAAACCCUAUCAGUGUGUGGAAUGUGGAAAGAGCUUCAGGAAGAGCUCCGAUCUCACUUCCCAUCAAAGAAUUCAUACAGGGGAGAAACCCUAUCAGUGUGUCGAAUGUGGAAAGAGCUUCAGUCACAGUCAGAAUCUCACUUCCCAUCAAAGAAUUCAUACAGGAGACAAACCCCAUCAGUGUGUGGAAUGUGGAAAGAGCUUCAUUCACAGCCACCAUCUCACUUCCCAUCAAAGAAUUCAUACAGGGGAGAAACACUAUCAGUGUGUCGAAUGUGGAAAGAGCUUCACUGAUAGCUCCUCUCUCACUUCCCAUCAAAGAAUCCAUACAGGGGAGAAACCCUAUCAGUGUGUCGAAUGUGGAAGGAGCUUCAGUCAUAGCUCCUCUCUCACUUCCCAUCAAAGAAUCCAUACAGGGGAGAAACCCUAUCAGUGUGUCGAAUGUGGAAAGAGCUUCAGUCACAGCUCCUCUCUCACUUUCCAUCAAAGAAUUCAUACAGGGGAGAAACCCUAUCAGUGUGUGGAUUGUGGAAAGAGCUUCAGUCAGAGCUCCUCUCUCACUUUCCAUCAAAGAAUUCAUACAGGGGAGAAACCCUUUCAGUGUGUGGAAUGUGGAAAGAGCUUCAUUCACAGCCAAAGUCUCACCUCCCAUCAGAGAAUUCAUACAGGGGAGAAACCCUAUCAGUGUGUCGAAUGUGGAAAGAGCUUCAGUGUUAGCUCCGCUUUCACUUCCCAUCAAAGAAUCCAUACAGGGGAGAAACCCUAUCAGUGUGUCGAAUGUGGAAAGAGCUUCAGGAAGAGCUGCUCUCUCACUUCCCAUCAAAGAGUUCAUACAGGGGAGAAACCCUAUCAGUGUGUGGAAUGUGGAAAGAGCUUCAGUCAGAGCUCCUCUCUCACUUACCAUCAAAGAAUUCAUACAGGAGAAAAACCCUAUCAGUGUAUGGAAUGUGGAAAGAGCUUCAGUGACGGCCGCAGUCUCACCUCGCAUCAGAGAAUUCAUACAGGGGAGAAACCCUAUCAGUGUGUGGAAUGUGGAAAGAGCUUCAGUCAGAGCUCCUCUCUCACUUCCCAUCAAAGAAUUCAUACAGGGGAGAAACCCUAUCAGUGUUGCAUGGAAUGUGGAAAGAGCUUCAGUCACAGCUCCAAUCUAAUUUCCCAUCAAAGAAUUCAUACAGGGGAGAAACCCUAUCAGUGUGUGGAAUGUGGAAAGAGCUUCAGUCACAGACACAGUCUCACCUCCCAUCAGAGAAUUCAUACAGGGGAGAAACCCUAUCAGUGUGUGGAAUGUGGAAAGAGCUUCAGGAAGAACUCCCAUCUCACUUCCCAUCAAAUAAUUCAUACAGGAGAGAAACCCUAUCAGUGUGUGGAAUGUGGAAAGAGCUUCAGUCGGAGCUCCUCUCUCACUUCCCAUCAAAUAAUUCAUACAGGAGAAAAACCUUAUCAGUGUGUGGAAUGUGGAAAGAGCUUCAGGAAGAAGGACAAAUUCACUUCCCAUCAAAGAAUUCAUACAGGAGAAAAACCCUAUCAGUGUGUGGAAUGUGGAAAGAGCUUCAGGACACGCUACGAACUCACUUCCCAUCAAAGAAUUCAUACAGGGGAGAAACCCUAUCAGUGUGUCGAAUGUGGAAAGAGCUUCAGUCAGAGCUCCUCUCUCACUUUCCAUCAAAGAAUUCAUACAGGGGAGAAACCCUAUCAGUGUGUCGAAUGUGGAAAGAGCUUCACUGAUAGCUCCUCUCUCACUUCCCAUCAAAGAAUCCAUACAGGGGAGAAACCCUAUCAGUGUGUCGAAUGUGGAAAGAGCUUCAGUCAUAGCUCCUCUCUCACUUCCCAUCAAAGAAUCCAUACAGGGGAGAAACCAUAUCAGUGUGUGGAAUGUGGAAAGAGCUUCACUGAUAGCUCCUCUCUCACUUCCCAUCAAAGAAUUCAUACAGGGGAGAAACCAUAUCAGUGUGUGGAAUGUGGAAAGAGCUUCAUUGUUAGCUCCGCUUUCACUUCCCAUCAAAGAAUUCAUACAGGAGAAAAACCCUAUCAGUGUGUGGAAUGUGGAAAGAGCUUCAGGAAGAGCUCCGAUCUCACUUCCCAUCAAAGAAUUCAUACAGGGGAGAAACCCUAUCAGUGUGUGGAAUGUGGAAAGAGCUUCAGUCACAGUCAGAAUCUCACUUUCCAUCAAAGAAUUCAUACAGGAAACAAACCCUAUCAGUGUGUGGAAUGUGGAAAGAGCUUCAUUCACAGCCACCACCUCACUUCCCAUCAAAGAAUUCAUACAGGAAACAAACCCUAUCAGUGUGUCGAAUGUGGAAAGAGCUUCACUGAUAGCUCCUCUCUCACUUCCCAUCAAAGAAUCCAUACAGGGGAGAAACCCUAUCAGUGUGUCGAAUGUGGAAGGAGCUUCAGUCAUAGCUCCUCUCUCACUUCCCAUCAAAGAAUCCAUACAGGGGAGAAACCCUAUCAGUGUGUCGAAUGUGGAAAGAGCUUCAGUCACAGCUCCUCUCUCACUUUCCAUCAAAGAAUUCAUACAGGGGAGAAACCCUAUCAGUGUGUGGAUUGUGGAAAGAGCUUCAGUCAGAGCUCCUCUCUCACUUUCCAUCAAAGAAUUCAUACAGGGGAGAAACCCUAUCAGUGUGUGGAAUGUGGAAAGAGCUUCAGUCACAGCCAAAGUCUCACCUCCCAUCAGAGAAUUCAUACAGGGGAGAAACCCUAUCAGUGUGUCGAAUGUGGAAAGAGCUUCAGUGUUAGCUCCGCUUUUACUUCCCAUCAAAGAAUCCAUACAGGGGAGAAACCCUAUCAGUGUGUCGAAUGUGGAAAGAGCUUCAGUCAGAGCUCCAAUCUCACUUCCCAUCGAAGAAUUCAUACAGGGGAGAAACCCUAUCAGUGUGUGGAAUGUGGAAAGAGCUUCAGUCGUAGCUCCUCUCUCACUUACCAUCAAAGAAUUCAUACAGGAGAAAAACCCUAUCAGUGUAUGGAAUGUGGAAAGAGCUUCAGUGACGGCCGCAGUCUUACCUCGCAUCAGAGAAUUCAUACAGGGGAGAAACCCUAUCAGUGUGUGGAAUGUGGAAAGAGCUUCAGUCAGAGCUCCUCUCUCACUUCCCAUCAAAGAAUUCAUACAGGAGAAAACCCCUAUCAGUGUGUAGAAUGUGGAAAGUGCUUCAGUCAUAGCUCCUCUCUCACUUCCCAUCAAAUAAUUCAUACAGGGGUGAAACCCUAUCAGUGUGUGGAAUGUGGAAAGAGCUUCAGGAAGAGCUCCUCUCUCACUUCCCAUCAAAGAAUUCAUACAGGGGAGAAACCCUAUCAGUGUGUGGAAUGUGGAAAGUGCUUCAGUCAUAGCUCCUCUCUCACUUCCCAUCAAAGAAUUCAUACAGGGGUGAAACCCUAUCAGUGUGUGGAAUGUGGAAAGAGCUUCAGGAAGAGCUCCAAUCUCACUUCCCAUCAAAGAAUCCAUACAACGGUCGAAAAAACCAUUAUACAGCUUUAGGAACCAGGCAGACGCACCUUUUUAACCAGGCUUUUGGCUGAUUGACAUCUAAUGCCCUUUUUAAUAGGUUUUUUUUUGUUUCUUUUUUUAUGUUGUAACCAUCCUCAGGCCUUUGGGUGUAGGGAAUAGAUGCCAACUCUUAAAGGCCUAGGGGUCUUUGCCCCACCCCCCAAUAAAAUAUUUAAGGAUGCCA